UACAAUCUGAUUGGUCAGGUUCGGGGGUUUGUCGAGAAGGGGCCAGGAAGUUUGUCCCAGCUGGGAGAAAUAUUGUGACGAACUGCAGAGGUAAAGCUCCUUCCUUGACCGCUGUGUAGAUUUCUCUCUGAAACUCUCUGAUCAGAAUUGUAAACUGCACAGUGACAAAGUGUUGACGUUUUAGCAUUGCCGCAGAUAUCAAGACCGCUUCCUGCCUAAAUGUCAAGCUUAGUAAACGCGUGUCAUGGUUGUGUAUCUAUAUCUCAUCUCAGGUUUGCAAGCGCUGAUGAUCAUGUCACUGCAGGGAGAUCCAGAGUAGGAGAUGCUUGCAGCCCUGCGUCUGGCUGUAGUGGCUGUCCCUAUGGGUGUGCUGCUGUCCCGCACCAUGGCGUGGAUGUCCAGUGGCAAGACACAUGGAGAGCUCGUCAGCAGGUUGAGAGGUAGGCCGAGGAUUGUAGCAUGAAUCUGUUGAGUGUUAAAAAAAGUGAUUUAUUGUUCAAAAAAGAAAAGAAAACAUGUUGAGCCAGGUCCAAAACUUUGCCUUCAAAUGAAAAGGUGAUAUGCUGAAAUGAGGUUAAAACAGGAUGAGUGAAAUGGUGAAAAAUGGUCAACAGAAAAUUAUCAGAGCUUACCAAAAACCAUUGUCUGACUACACCAGUGAGAUCUCAAUAACCUGCCAAACAUAUCAAAACCACACCCCUCAGUGACGAUUCCCCAAAGUGACGUACCUAGUAGAAGUCAAACUCAACAAAUAUACUUUGGCUCCUACAUGAAGGCUCAAGGACUGAAAUGUCAGUCUUUUUUGAAAAUAAUAUACCAUAAUAGAGUUUGACAGUUGACCACUCACUCUUGUCCUGACCUGUCCUGAAAUGGUCUUUUUUCUUCCUAAAUAUUUAAUGUGUCUUUCUUCUUUGUCCUCCAGAUCAUGGGGUGAUCCACAGUGACCAAGUGUUUAAUGCCAUGCUGGCGACAGACAGAGGGAUCUACUCUAGAGACUACCCAUACGCAGACUCUCCUCAGUCUAUAGGUAUUCAUUCCAGUUAUUCCUCGUUGACAAAUAUACACACAUUUCUUAUUUAUGUUGCAACAUCUAUCAUCUGUCUUGUUAAAUUUUCUUAUCAGGUUUCAGAGCAACCAUCAGCGCACCACACAUGGUGAGUAAGAAUAGCUUACAUAUUGGACUUUAUGAAUCAUUUUUGUAACACAUGAUUUAUGAGUGUUGUCCUGGUCUGACAGCAUGCUCAUGCUUUGGAGCUCUUAAGUGACAAACUAACUGAGGGGGCGUCAGCUUUAGAUGUGGGGUCAGGAAGCGGAUAUCUCACCGCCUGCUUUGCAAGAAUGGUAAGCUACUCAUAAACCUCGCCCUAUUUCUUCCUCACAUUUACUGCUGACUUUAAAUGGCUGAUGGCUUCUGUAUUUUGUUGUUGUUUGCAGACCGGGCCCACUGGUAGGGUGGUUGGCAUUGAACACAUUGAUGAACUGGUUCAGAUGUCAAUAAAAAAUGUGCAAGCAGAUGACCCAGAACUGCUCACCUCUGGACGAAUCAAACUAGUGGGUAAGUCAGAAAACCUAAUCUUCUGUUGAAUUUAAUGUGGACACUGUAAAAGUACAAGACACUAAAAAAGGUCCUUCUACAUGUGUCCACAGUGGGAGAUGGGAGACUCGGCUACCCAGAGGGAGCACCAUAUGAUGCCAUUCAUGUUGGAGCAGCUGCAGCUACAGUUCCCAAGUCUGUAAGGACGCAUACUGUUUUUACUAUCAUGGGGGAAAAAAGAUAAAAUAGAGUAGUGGAAAUCAUGCAGUUAGUCAACUCCACCCAAAGUCAUUUUCUGCCCUCUUUGUUUCAAAGCUUUUGGAGCAGCUGAAGCCUGGAGGUCGGUUGGUUCUCCCAGUAGGCCCUGAUGGUGGCAGUCAGGUGCUCGAACAGUACGAUCGGCAAAGUGAUGGGACCUUUCUCAAGAAAGCCUUGAUGGGAGUAAUUUAUGUUCCUCUGACUGACAAGAGGCGCCAGUGGCCUGGGUACUAGUUUAUAAACACUACAUCAGUAAAUGAGUUCAACUGUAUGCAGAGGAAGAAAGCUGCUCAUAAUUUUAACAAACCUUUUUUUAGGGUUCCUAUGCAAUCUUUUGAGUUAAUAGUGCCAUAAUGAGCCACAUCCAUCCAUAUGAUUUUAUAUCCAUUGCCAUCCUUCCUUUUCUCCUCAGAGGUGAGCUCUGACUGCAGUGUGGUUGCCCCUGCAGGAGGUGGCGUUGGUGCUGCGUCUCUGGGGCCCCGUAACACUCCUUGAGGAUCCACUGAGCUGCAGUCUUCAACAGCCACUUGCUCCACUGGGUUGUCGCCUUGUAGUAUGAAAAGGGGAUCUCUGUUUGCCCAACCAGGUUGUCUUCCAAGAGUGCUUAAACAGUGAAUGACUCAAUAGGUAACCACCACUGGACUAGAAUCCUUUGAGUCAGCUGUAAGGAUUAAGUGGAAGAGAGGGUGUAAGAGAUGCAGCUGACUCAGUAAAGUUCAGUAGUGAAGUGAGAUGUAAUCAGAGCUUGAAAAGCUUCAGCAUGUUUAUUUUUCUGGAUACUUGAGGGAAAUUCCGAUGAAUGGUUAAUUUUUUGUGUGUUGUAUGAGUAAUCUUACAAGGAAAGUUUGUUAGAUUUAAAGUGGGGUUGCAUGGGUUAUUUGUCAAAAGUUGUUGUUUUAGCCACAGUCAGCCACUUUGUUGAGAAACCAGCUUGAGAACAUCCAUGCUAAGCUAACAACUGCUGCAGAUGGAGUCAGCACUAUCAGUUACUUAACUCAGUCUAAGGAACUCCAACCCAAACACUCAUGUUGAUGUGGUCCAUUUGGAUUUUUUCAGCAUAUCACUCUCCUGUCAGAAAGCCCAUUCACCCUUUUACUACUUACCGAACACAUACAAGUCCUUUUCUGCAGCUGUUGAUAGCCCAGCUUUCGCCCUGGUUUUCAACAGGGGGGGUCAAGCCAACAAGUACCUCAGAAAACCAUUCAGAAAAACAAACUAUCCCUUUAGGAGAAUCAUUUGGUUGGUUAUGAAUGCAGUUAUCAUAAAAAGCCAUUCAAUUUUAAUAAAAAGUGAGUAGAUUAACAAAGUAAUAUAUUUUUAGGGUUAAUCAUACUCUUUGCUGAUUUCAUUUACAAUAUUCAUAGGAUACCGCUCUGUAAUGUGGGGGAGAAUGAGGCAUUGUGCCAAAAAUAAUUGAUUUUAUUUGUAAACACCCUACUACUGCUAAGUGUAUGCUUACAACAUUUAUCAAUAAAAUCAGCUUGGUCGAUUCUUA